CUUAGAACGAAUGUCAGACGGCUGUGGAGUAUAUAAAGCAUAAAAAACGCUUCUCCUGCGUCUCCUCAUCCGUUCUUUAAACAGGAAGAGAACAAGAAGCUCCACACUAUGGCUCCCAAGAAGGCAAAGAAGAAGGAAGCUGCGAGCUCCAACGUGUUCAGCAUGUUCGAACAGUCUCAGAUCCAAGAGUUCAAAGAGGCUUUCACCAUCAUGGACCAGAAUAGAGACGGAUUCAUUGACAAGAACGACCUGAGAGACACAUUCGCUGCCCUGGGACGGUUGAAUGUGGGUAAUGAUGAGUUGGAUGAGAUGUUAAAAGAAGCUCCAGGUCCCAUAAACUUCACCAUCUUUCUCAGCAUGUUUGGAGAGAAACUCAAGGGAACGGAUCCGGAGGAGAACAUUCUUGCUGCCUUCAAGAUAUUUGACCCUGAGGGAACGGGCAUCAUUAAAGGAGACGAGAUCAAAUACCAUCUGAUGUCCCAGGCAGAUAAAUUCACAGAAGCAGAGAUAAACCAGAUGUUCACAAACUUCCCUCUGGACGUUGCUGGAAACCUGGACUACAAAAACCUGUGCUACGUCAUCACUCACGGAGAGGACAAAGAGCAGGAGUGAACAUCACCUCGUCCACGUUGUUUUGUGUUUGUAUGUGUUUUCCCUCCCCUUCGUCAAUAAAGAGUUCAAAAAACA